AAAUUUUGCCACACGAAGAUUAUCCACAAAUUUACAACACACGCUAUUAGAUUAAUAGCAGUUAAAGAUGCGAUUGUCAACACAAAACUUAUGUAACUUCUGAUUCUCUACAUUACAUUAAUCUUAUCAGUUCUAGUCAAGUUUUACAGCGUUUAUUGCUUCUUUCACUUAAUUCUAAAAUGAGAUGAUGUGCACCAUGAACUACAUCAUUUUUCAGGACACUUCUGACAUCAAUACAAUUUGAAGUUUCCUGCUGAAAUCACUUAAAUAUGGCAGAACUUCUAAGCCUUCCUGAUGAAAUAUUGUUAAUGAUUUUGGGUUAUUGCUCCAGCGUAGAUUAUGUGCUAAUUUCACGUGUCUGUCGAAAGUUAAAUGACAUUUUAUGUGAUCAGAAAUUGUGUCGAGUUAUCAACUUCCAUUAUGAAACAAAUUUGCCAAGGGAUUUUAAGUCAUUUUUGACUUUCCGACCAAGGGCUGCAAACAUCAUUACUAUUGACUUAACUAGCUGUUAUUGGCUCACAUCAUCAUUUAUACGUGACUUGCUAUCCCGCUUGAGAAAUUUGGAGAAUGUUCUUGUCGCAGAUACAACUCUUUCUGCGCCACACCUUAGAAGUUUAUUAUUAUCAUUGCCUAGGGUGAAGAGAUUAUCAUGGACCUGGAAGAAUACUUUGAAACCUGGGGGGCUUGAAGUAGCUCUUAAGCGACUAGAAUUUUUGUACCUGUGUGUUUUUGAAUAUAAAGCCUUAAAUCGCUCUGUACAUUUAAUAAACAAAUGUGAAAAUUUAAAAGAACUAUGGAUAAAUAAUAUCCAUGCUAUUAGCUAUUUGAGAAGUGAUGAUACUAUUGCACUGAAUCAUUUGGAAAGUAUUGUUUCAUACCCGUAUCCUUCAUGGCCAUCAGUAACAGUUCAAUCAAAGCUCAAAGAUAUAUGGCACACAAAGCUGCCAUCUCUCUCUGAAUUUGAUAAAACAGCUAUGCUAACUUUAGAAAACAUAAUUACAACUGAAUGGAAAGCUAUUUCUCAAAUUGUGCUAUCUGGCUGCUCUAAAAUAGAAAGGCUAUGGUGUAAAGAAAGUUUUGGACCCAAUGCUGAAGAAAUUUUUUUGAUGCUUCCUGCUUUAAACCAUUUAAGCGUUUUGUUACCACUUCACAGUGGCUCAACUCAUGAUUUCUGCCCUGAUACUCUUCUUUUAAAAAAUACUCAAUUGAGAGAGUUAAGUCUCAAUAGCUGCACUAAUCAAGAAUGUUCAACAAGUUUUUGCGAGGUUGCUUCUGUGUGCCCAAACUUGAAGCAUUUAUCUCUUCCUGUACAAUCGUUAGCUUGUUUGGCUGUUAAUCCAGGUGCUGCAACCUCUAGUUUAUCAAAUAAGCGCAUAAGCAGAGUGACAGAUGAUCUGGAACAUGGUGUAGAAACGCCAUUUAGAAAAAUGAUUGGUUUAACUCCUCUUGUUGAGGUGUUUGAAAUAGGAGUUUCAGGAGAAACCCACUCUUUUCCCAAGAUGCCUAUUUAUUUACAGUGGGACUUGCCUAGUUUGUCAUCACUGAGAAACUGGGCGUAUCUAAAAUCACUCACCUUAGCCAAUUUACCAAUUAAAAAUGGCAAGUUUUUCGCAACUAUUUUCAAAGAUUGCAAAAUAUUGAAGAGUUUGAAAAUUGUUGAUCUUGGACCGGAGGCAAUCUGUGUGUACGCUCAAGAUCUAUACAAUGCUCUUCCUUUUUGUUCUGCCUUAGAGGACUUCCAUUGGACUCAGAAUUAUGUCUUAUCCACAACUAAAUUAUGGAUGGCACUACAACAAAUCCGUACCAUCCGACGAAUAGCACUCUGUUUACAAGGCAUGAGUGACGUAAUUGAGAAGGAUGUAUCUUCAACAAUGGAAAAGUGCCCAUUCCUUUUUUUCCUGCACAUUGCAACGUGUACAUCAAAAGCCAAUAACAACUUCAUUAAAAAUAAACUACGGACAAGGUGGUCUAAGGAUCGACCUCACAUUUCAGUUUGGUUUGGACAACCUGGAGAAUUUUUUGACUCUGAUACUUGUCCUAUAGUACAUUCUGGAGAGAUGGUUCAAGAUCUCUCUCGUGUGGAAGGUGUUCCAAAAAGAGGUGUCAGAUUCCUCUCCUUUGGAGAAAAGCCAUGGGCACCUCACAUUUAAAGUGUUUAUAUCUUCAAUAUAUCAGCUAUGAUGGACAGAAGGACUUAAUAGAGGUCAACACUUGGUUGAGAACAGCUGACCAUUCAUUCAUUUCUUGUGCCGAAUCACAUGAUAGAAAAUACCUGGAAAUGAAAAUGAUGAAAAUAACAAGUUUCUCAAGCAAAAUGGUAAUGUCAAACUCAUAAUUACCUAACAACUGUAUAAUCCACAUUACAUUCCAUUAGAGUAGAAUUAAAGUCAUUUGGAUCAGAA